AUGGACGAGGAUUUUACUCAUGAUCUGGAGUUUGACUUGGUUGAGGAAGAAGCAGUCGAUGAGGCGGGGGAUGAUGCUGAGUUCCUAGAGAGGUUUGUUGGAAACCACAGAGCUGUCAACGUAUCGCAACUCGAUGGGUUGAGCCACUUUGCCUAUGUGGAAACCUUGGAAAGCAAAUUGCCAUGUUUGAAUUCUGGCGAUACCGAAAAGUUGGAUCAAUUGAAUGCUCUGUCAUCAAUUCUGCAAGGCGAGAUCCGGUUGUUGCAUGACUAUACCAAAAUACUUUAUAGACAGAGGUUUGCGGAGCUCGAAAGUCUUGUGCCCGACCCUGUGAAAUAUGUGGAAGUCAUAAGUAUCAUUGAAGAAGAUGAGCAAGCUUCAUCGGAGAGGUUUGAGAGGGAUGCCAAGUUGUCGAAGGAACAAAUUCUGGUGCUCAUGAUGUCUAUGAAGACUUCGAUACGGCAAGAACGACAAAUAACAGACGGCGAGAGAGCAGUCUUACUUAGAGCUCGAUCUUAUAUGCUUGCGAUCGUGUCGGUCCGAGAUAAAGUAAACGGAUACGUUGUGCAACGAGUAUCGCACAUUGCACCCAAUCUCUGCGCAUUAAUAGGUCCUGAGAUCACCUCACUGCUACUGUCACACUUCGGUGGUAUUCUCGAGCUGAGUCAAGCUCCAAGUUGUAACUUGGCUUCCAUAGGAAAGAAUAAACAUCUCACACAUGAACUGCAUACUUCUUUGACCGGCGUACGACAGGAAGGAUACAUAUACCGAUCCCAGCUUGUACAAGAUCAGCCACCCCAAUAUCAUAAGCAGAUGCUUAGAAUGGUAUGCGCUAAGAUCUCACUAGCAGCUAGAGUUGAUGCAGGCAUAAAUUCAAGCCAAGAGUCCGAUAGUUUAUUGGGUGAUAAAUGGAGGCGUGAAAUAAUGGAAAAAGUACAUAAACAGCAGGAAUCCGCAAGUAACGCCGAGGUUAAACCACUUCCAGUCCCCAAGGAUGAACCUAAGAAGAAGAGAAGCGGUAGAAAGUUCCGUAAGUAUAAACAACAAUUUCAACUAUCCCAUCUCAGACAAUUACAAAACCGUGUAGAGUUCGGCAAACAAGAACAAACCAUGAUGGAUGCAUAUGGGGAGGAAGUCGGCCUCGGCAUGGUCAACUCUUCUUUACAAAAUGCUACAGGUGUAGGGUCUGUCACCAAAAGAAGUGUAAACAAUUCUGCGAAAUUGACAAAGACAAUGAAGAAAAGAAUUGGGGAAGCCAACGAUCAAACCAAAGACUAUUUGGCCUCUCUAAUAAACAAGCCAUAG